GAAAAGGGAAGACGAGAGAAGUUAAAAAAUAUUUGGGCAAGGAAGUGUUGUAAUGUGAAAGGUGAUGGAGGCGUUAGCACAAAAAAGAAAUGCAUCGAAGACGGCAGCUGCAACUUUCGAGGCAGACGAGUAAUCGAGUUAGACGUCCUGGCCAGAGCCCUGGAUAGUGGUUGCAGAGCGUGUGGAAAAGCACUUCAUCUAUCAAACUGCCAUGAUGAGACUAUCAGUCUGGGUUGGGUCUUUUUUUGUAUAUUAUAUGCAGCGAUCCGGAAUGUGGAGAGGUAAAUGCGUGAACCACAAACAUCGCAUCGUGCCGCCGGUGCUGGUCGCGGCCGACCAAUUUUUCAUAAAAACACCAAACUUGCCACAGGUAGGUAUAUUUAUUUGAUUAGCAGCUUUUAUCCGAACAUUUUUCCGAGCGUCAUCAUAAUUUAACAAUCAUAAUGCCGUGUAAUAACUAACUUUUAAAUGUACAUGUACUGUGUUUAUGUGCAGGAAUGUUACACGCGGUAUGUAAACGCACUGCUCACGUCGAUAAACCUUCCAGCCGUGGGACAAAACACUCUGAAGGCCAGAGAAAGAGAAGUUGGCGCAGCGAUUGA